AGACUCUGAGCCCUCCGUCCUCUCUGGGCGGACCUCAAUGAGACGCGGAGGCUGGCGGGAGCCGGAAUGUUCCAGAAAGAGCACACCAACGGCACUCUGUAGGGGGCAGUGUGGGGAGAGCGACCCCAAACUAGCUGAGUCUCUGACUUCGCCAGUCAGAUGCAGGGACCCGUGGACACGCCGCCGAGGCACGGGCUGCUGAGGAAGACCAAGCAUCCUCUGGAGAUGGUGUUCCUAAUGGCCUUGCUCAUAGUCCUGGGCUUACCGUUGGCACAGAGUGACCAGAUCACCUGUCAUGUGUGUGAAGCAGAGAACAGCUUUGCCUGCUCAAAUCCGUCCCAGUGCCCUACAGAAAAGAAAUACUGUUUGUUGGCCGUCACACGAAUAUUCGAACGUUUCUUCUAUGUGUCAAAACAGUGCACCCGAAGGUGUUCAACCCCCGUAAUCACGAUGCCUAGCUCUAGUCCUCAAAUAUCUGAGCCUAAGGAGUUUCUGAUGGAAAAACCCAUGCCCUUCCUAUAUGUAAGGUGCUGCCAAUGGAAAUUAUGUAAUAGUGAGGGGCCAUCCUCUGUCCUGUACUUAAAGGAACAGCCUGGAAAAGCCAGUGAGAAAAGACAUAGAUACACUGAGCUGUUAUUGCCUGGCUUCAUGGUCCUUAUUGCUAAUGGCCUCUCAGCCCUCUGCCUGCUGUAAGCCACAGAAGGGCCUGGAGCAUGCCUUGUGGGUCAUGAAUUCUCUGUACUCCUGCUGGAUCCUUCUAAUUACAUUUGUUUUUCCUUCG